AUGCCGAAGUUCACGGUGGAUGAGAUGCGCAAGCUGAUGGACAAGAACCAGAACAUCCGCAACAUGUCGGUGAUUGCGCACGUCGACCACGGCAAGUCGACCCUCACCGACUCGCUGGUGGCCGCCGCGGGGAUUAUCGCCGAGGCCACGGCCGGCGACGCCCGCGUCAUGGACACCCGCGCUGACGAGCAGGAGCGUGGCAUCACCAUCAAGUCCACCGGUAUCUCGCUGUACUACAAGAUGACGGACGAGGAGCUCAAGGGCCUCAAGCACCCCCGCGACGGCAACGACUUCCUGAUCAACCUGAUCGACUCGCCCGGCCACGUCGACUUCUCCUCGGAGGUGACGGCUGCCCUGCGCAUCACGGACGGCGCCCUCGUGGUGGUCGACUGCAUCGAGGGCGUGUGCGUGCAGACGGAGACGGUGCUGCGCCAGGCCCUGGGCGAGCGCAUCAAGCCGGUCCUGACGGUCAACAAGCUCGACCGGUGCUUCCUGGAGCUCCAGAUGGACCCCGAGGAGGCCUUCAACACCUUCCGCAAGGUGAUCGAGAACGUCAACGUGAUCCUGGCGACGUACUCGUCGGACAAGAAGCUGGGCGACCAGCAGGUGUACCCCGAGCAGGGCACGGUGUGCUUCUCCGCGGGCCUGCACGGCUGGGCCUUUACGCUGCUGACCUUUGCGCGCAUGUACGCCGCCAAGUUCGGCGUGGCCGAGGAGAAGAUGAUGGACCGCCUGUGGGGCGACAACUUCUUCGACGCGAAGGCGAAGAAGUGGUACAAGGAGGAGCGCGACGGCGCCAAGCGCGGCUUCGUGCAGUUCAUCUACGAGCCCAUCAACAAGAUCAUCCAGCUGGCGAUGAACGACAAGAAGGACGAGCUGUUCGGCAUGCUCGAGAAGCUCAACAUCAAGCUCAAGGCCGAGGACAAGGAGCUCGUGGGCAAGGCGCUCAUGAAGCGCACGCUGCAGGCCUGGCUGCCCGCCUCGACGGCGCUGCUCGACAUGAUGGUGCACCACCUCCCCUCGCCCUUCGUGGCGCAGAAGUACCGCGUGGAGACGCUGUACGAGGGCCCGCAGGACGACAAGUGGGCCACGGCCUUCAAGAACUGCGACCCCAACGGCCCGCUGAUGAUGUACGUGUCCAAGAUGAUCCCCAUCGGCGACACCGGGCGCUUCCUCGCGUUCGGGCGCGUGUUCGCGGGCAAGGUCUCGGGCGGCAUGAAGGCGCGCAUCAUGGGCUCGAACUUCGUCGUCGGCGAGAAGAAGGACCUGUACACCAAGGCCAUCCAGCGCACGGUGCUGUGCAUGGGCCGCCGCCAGGACGCCGUGGAGGACGUGCCGUGCGGCAACACGUGCGCGCUGGUCGGCCUGGACCAGUACAUCGCGAAGACGGCCACCAUCGUGGACUCGGACGCCGUGGACGCGCACCCGAUGAAGCCCAUGAAGUUCUCCGUGUCGCCCGUGGUGCGCGUGGCGGUCACGACGAAGGACCCCUCGCUGCUGCCCAAGCUCGUCGAGGGCCUGAAGCGCCUCUCGCGCUCGGACCCCAUGGUCCAGUGCUCGACGGACGACGAGACGAAGCAGUGCAUCAUCGCUGGCGCCGGCGAGCUGCACCUGGAGAUCUGCCUCAAGGACCUGCAGGACGACUUCAUGGGCGGCGCGCAGCUGGUGGUGUCGGACCCGGUCGUGCCGUUCCGCGAGACGGUGACGGUCGAGUCGGAGCGCGUGGUGAUGUCCAAGUCGCCCAACAAGCACAACCGCCUGUACUUCAAGGCCACGCCCAUGGACGAGGAGCUCGCGCACGCGAUCGAGGAGGGCGACAUCACGCCGCGCGACGACCCCAAGGACCGCUCGAAGAAGCUCGUCGACACCUUUGGCUGGGACAAGGACGAGGCCAAGAAGAUUUGGUGCUUUGGCCCCGACACCACGGGCCCCAACCUGGUCGUCGACGUGACCAAGGGUGUGCAGUUCCUCAACGAGAUCAAGGACUCGGUCGUCGCCGGGUUCCAGGACGCCACGGCCAAGGGCGUGCUCUGCGACGAGCCCAUGCGCGGCAUCCUGUUCCAGCUGCACGACGUGACGCUGCACGCCGACGCCAUCCACCGCGGCGGCGGCCAGCUCAUCCCCACCACGCGCCGCGUCCUCUUCGCCUCGGAGCUCACGGCCCAGCCGCGCCUGCAGGAGCCCGUCUUCCUCGUCGAGAUCCAGGCGCCCGAGCCCGCGCUCGGCGGCAUCUACUCGUGCAUCAACACCAAGCGCGGGCAGGUGUUCGAGGAGGUCCAGCGCCCGGGGACGCCCAUGUACAACAUCAAGGCCUACCUCCCCGUCGUCAACUCGUUCGGGUUCACCGGCGACCUCCGCGCCGCCACCUCGGGCCAGGCCUUCCCGCAAAUGGUGUUCGACCACUGGGAGACCAUCCCGCAGGACCCGCUCAAGCUCGAGUCCCAGGCCGGCGUCAUCAUGCUCGACGUCAGGAAGCGCAAGGGCCUCAAGCCCGAGCCGCAGCCGCUGUCGGAGUACGAGGACAAGCUCUAA